UAACAAUAUCUCGCGAUAGCUCAGCUGAAUAUAUACAUUGUACGACCAUCUUUAAGGGUAGAUAUAUAACCUAUUUAAAUGGCAACUGAAUUGAUAGCACGCCUUGCAGUUUUGGGUGUUUUAAUAAACAUCCCUGCAUCACUUCAGGAUUUUGUAUCCAGCUGUCCGUGUUAUGGAUGUCGUCCAUCCGGGACAUUUUCCUUUAGUUUGACUCCGCCCAUCAAUGCUUCAAUCGCCUGGACAUCUCAGUUUUUCAUAGGUCCAGUACCAAACGCUCUUGGUUGUGUUGGAAAUGCUAACAACAUUAUCUGUCAAUCAAAUGGACCUCGUGAAGUGGGGUACAUCAGUUUUGAUGUGGCAACCGGAAAUCUGAUGUGGAGAGAUGGCAUUUUAAGAUUCCCGGUUCUUCCGGUGAUGGAUGUUUAUGGUGACGUCAUCGGAUCAGAUGGACAUAGUCUGGUGCUGUAUAUGGAUGAUGGGACCCUCAAGCCAGUUAUAAGAAUGAGUGAUUGGGUGUAUCCUAUAUUCAGUUUAUCAAUAACGGAAGACGAUAUCUUUGUGUUUGUGUCUAAGAACGGAUAUCUCAUCAGUUAUUUUCCUGAUGGUGUUGCGCAUGCCAAUAUACCUUUUCCUGGUGAACUUGAACGGGUCAAUGGAACAUUCCAUCCGAUUUUCAGUCCUGUAAUAUCUGGUCGUCGGGCGUAUGUGCUAACCCAGUUUAUUCCCGAAGGAAGCAAGGAGCCAGGAAAUCUAGGCAUGCGCCGUCUAUAUGCAAUUGAUGUGAUUCCAAGAAUGGUUGAUAGACUACAUAUAUCUUGGGUGAUCAACUUUGAAAUGGAAGAACCAAAGAAGACAAUGAAUCGAGGAAACGUGGUUUUCUUCGAUCAAGAGGAAGAAGAGAAACCACGUGACACAGAGAAGGUUCCACCUCGUGUCAUGGUGAACUCGGAUACGGACACUGUUUAUGUCAGUCUUCCGGCCCCAUCCGGGACCGGAACCGGAAAUACCAAAUUCUGGGCCAUUCAGGACAACCGGACUUCUAAUAUACCUGAAAUUCUGUUCAAGACAGAGUUUUCAUUAUCAUCAAUGGCAACGUACGAAGAAGGUAAUAAUGAUCAACAUACAAUAGACAAGAGAAAAGAUGGAAUAUGGGAGAAGUUUGGUCCACUGCGGGACACCACACGGAGAAGUGAAAGAGAAAGACAGGAACCUUCUUCAGUCUGGGCAGUUCACAGCAAUAAAGAAAUCAUCCUCGAAAUUUCUCCGUUUUCAGGAAAUAUAAUUAAAAGCAUUAAUAUUUCUCAGGUUCUGAAAUCAAAAGCGAUGAUAACAUCUGACAUCAUGGUAACAAGAUCUAACGUGAAUGCUGCAGAUCAUUUAGUUUUUACUGCUACUUUAGUAAAUGGGCCGUCUGUGGCUUUUUCUGAUCUAUGUAAAUCGCUAGGAAUCAACAGGUCACAAAAUAAAAAUUACGUCAUUCAAAUGGAAGGAGACGUUUUAAGCUGGGCAAUACCGACAGCCAAAGAUCUUCCAGGACUCGGACAAAUAGCAGGAAUCAAAACGCAUGACAAUUCUAAUGACAUACGAGAUAUGUAUGUUAUAUUUGCCGGUGAUAACGAAAGUUCAGUUGUGUUUGGCGUUCACUAAUUAUAUACAUGUAUACUGAAUAAUUAUGUUAAAGGA